GUCAGUCAGUGACUCAGUGAGUGACGCGACGCGCUUGCCCGUACGCUGCCAGUCCGCCUGAGAUAUUUCUCUCUCUCUCUCUCUCUCUCUCUCUCUCUGGGGUGAGGGUGAGGGACUGAGGGUAGACCGCGGGUGGCCGUGAUGCUGCUGCGGAGCGCGUCCUCGCCGCUGCUCAACGCGGCGCGCGUGCCGGCGGCCGCGGCGGUGGAGCAUGUACUGGGCCACGGGCACCUCGCGGUGGCGUCGCCGGCGGGGCAUCACGGGCCGAGGCAGCAGGGGGCGCUGUGCCGCGCAUUGUCCGAGGCCGAUCUGCUGGCGCCGGUGCAGCUCCCGGCCGCCUCCGCCUUCCUCGAGGAGUUGGACGAGGAGGAGGCGCAGCAGGAGGACGAGGACGUGGUCGCGGUCGGGGUGGCGGCCGUGCCGCUGCGCCGGCUGCUGACGAGCACGGGGCUGGACGCCGCGGGGGAGGAACAGGAGGCCGGCGCCGGCGGAGCCCUGGCGCUCCUCGAGGGCGUCGGGGGAGGCGGCGGGCGCGGGAGGGUGUGCGGCGGCUGGCAGGGCGGCCGCGGAGGAGACGGAGACGGCGACGGCGACGGAGGUGACCGCGGCGCCACCGACGCGCACUACCGGCGGAUGAUCAGGGCCAACCCGGGCAACUCGCUGCCGCUGGGGAACUACGCCAGGUUCCUCAAGGAGGUGCAGGGGGACGCGGCGAGGGCGCAGGAGUACUGCGAGCGCGCCAUCGUCGCCAACCCCGGCGACGGCGACGCCCUGGCGAUGUACGCGGGCCUCGUCUGGGAGACCAGCCGCGACGCUGAGCGCGCCGACGCUUACUACAGCCGCGCCGUCCAGGCCGCGCCCGACGACUGCUAUGUCCUGGGAUCCUACGCCGGGUUCCUGUGGGACGCCGAGGAGGAAGACGGUCUCAACGACGGGCAGCCUCCGGCGGGGUCGCCGCCGUUCUAUGGGGCAGCGCAGCCAUCCUCCAUCAGAGCGGCUUCUUAGACGAAGAAUCAAUCUCACUACCAGUAAACAAACUACAUCUGGAACUCUGCAAGGAAGAGCGACAUGCCACGAUCACAGCGGCCUCUGAGGGAGGCCGCCACCGCCGUCGCCGGCCGGGACGCGGCAGCUUGUAAACUGAAUAAACCAAGUCCGGCUACCUGUGUGAGCAGUACGCUUCUAAGGUUGGUAGGAUCUGCAGCACUGCAGGAUAAAUAUGUAGCCUAAUAAGGUUUUGCUGUGCCUGUACAUGUAGAAUGUUCCUGAUAACAUGGUGUACGUGGUGUAUGUACCACUUGUGAAUUACAGUAAAUGCCAGAACCGAUUGCCCCA